AAGCAGAUUUGUCCAACGAUUUGUUUAUUUCAAAUCGCGUGUGUGUAUAAAUUUCUGCAACGACGGGAAAAAACCAAGUAUUCUCUUCUAUAUUAUCGAUCAGCAAUCAGGAAGCAGUAUUUAUCAACAAAGAAUCCUUUAGACUUUGACUUUCUAAAAAGUACAACAACGCCAUCGAGAUCAAUUUUUUUCGAAACAAAAGUUAAACUUCGAAUUAGAAAAUGGAAAUUAGUCCAGGUCGUGCACCAUUUGAUGUUGACGAUGAUUUCACUCCAUUAAGAAAGCCACAUACUCGUGAAAUAAAAAAAGCAACAUUGCCGACAUCCACACCUCCGAAAAGUCCUACGCCAUUGUCUCCAAUGGCUAAAGUGUUUGUCCCAAAAGUAAAGAAAAAUGACAGUUCUGACUACCAAUCGGAUUCUUUCUUAAGUCCAGUGUCUCAACAACAAAUUGUAAUCCAACCAAAUUCGGUUAAUAAUCGAUUACUUAGAAUUCAGCAUCCAUUAGAAUACGCCGCCGCUGUGAAUUCGAAUUCGAUUCAGAUGAACGUUGCUUCAGUGUCCUCUGCCGUACAAAACCGUUUAAGUAUUCAGAAUAAUUCACAAUCGGACUUUAACUCAAAUUGCUUACAACCAGCAGAGGUGGAAACCAUCGCUCUGGAUUACUUGGCUACAGUGAUUCAAUGUUUAAACGAUAAUCCUGGUUCCUUUGACACCGUUGCUACAAGAUUUUUAACAAUCUUUGAUGGAAUGGAGAACAAUGAAUUUGUUUUAAGUAACGCUAUGGAAAAUAUAUUUACUGAGUCGAUUGACAAUCCGAACUUUAGAUACAUGGGCGCAAAACUUUAUAAUCUCUUGCACAUGCUUAAUUUGCGCGAUGAUUCUCUUUUCCAUACUCUCCUUAAAUGUAAGCUUGAGUAUCAGCAAUCCGAAGUAAUGGAAUAUAUGCAAAACAAUUGCGAACAGAAAGUCAGAGAAACUGCAUUAUUCCUCGCUGAGUUGUAUAUGCAAUUGCGUGGAGACGACACUCGAAUUAAAUUGAUUGCUGAAAACAUAGUUUUUUCUCUGAAGCAAUUGUUGACUAAAGUUUCGAAUGAUAAUAUUCGUUGUAUAUGUUUGACACUGAAAUUAGCUGGAUAUGAUUUAGACUCAGAUUGUCGUAACGACGUUAGUGUGAUUUUGCAAAAACUAGAAUCAAUAAACAAAGACAAACCAGGAAAAUAUCCUCUGGUCAAAAAUGUGAUUUCCCUAAAGAAAAACAAUUGGGGACGAACUGUGUUCCAAGAAAAUGCUAAUAUGCUGAGUAGCCCAAAUGAUUCAAACUGCGAAGCUACUAACGAACCAACGUUUUAUGGUCCAGAUGGAAAAAUCAUGACCAAAGAAGAAAGCCAAUUUCUGGCCACAAGCGUUUCUAAAACUGUAUCAUCCACUGAGGACGAUGAAGAAUAUGAUUUGGAAGUUGAUUUGGACCCAGAAAUGGAUGAAGAGACGGAAAACGCAUAUCGCAAAUUUUGCAAACUAAAUAAAACGAAUAAUUAGAUAGUUUUUUUUUAAUGCUUUGCAGACGACCCCAUUCUCAUUUUAUUUGUUUGUCCACUUAAAUUUUUGUAUUAUUUAUUAUUUAAUGUGAAAAA